CCAUACACACACACCGGAGAGAUCACACACCGGACCAUGAUGAUGAUGAGAAUAGUAGGCGUUGUGUUGUGCGCUGCCCUGGUGGCCUGUGUUGAUGUCAUGCCCCAGAAAGACUUCGACCUGGAGAAGAUGGCUGGUAAGUGGUGGACUGUGGGCUACGGCACCAACGCCCAGUGGUUCGUGAGCCGCAAGGCAAACAUGAAGAUGGGCAUUGACUUGUUAACGCCCACCGCCUCAGGAGACCUGGACAUCACCUCCACCAAAGAGAACGAUGAUGGUUCUUGCUGGAAUGUGACACAUUUGGCCCAGAAGACCGACACCCCAGGUCGACUCACUUUCACCAGCCAGCGUUGGAACAAUGACAAUGACAUGCGUGUGGUGGCUGUCCAGUAUGAUGACUUUGCUCUGACCCAUAUCAUCAUGACCCAAAAUGGAGUACCGGAGGUCCUCAACAAGCUCAUAAGUCGCACUCCAGGGGUGAGUGAAGCUCUGCAGCAGAAGUUCAGACAGUUCUCUCUGGACACAGGAGUCCUCUCUGACAACAUCGCUAUCCUGCCCAAAAUCAGUGAAUGUAGCAAAGCAUAGACUGUCAUCCAUUUCUCGCUCCCGCUUCCAUCCAUCCUUGGUUUCCCAAUCUCAUGUCCAAACUGCACCCACCACCACCACCACCACCAACCCCAAAGCACUGCUUCAUUUUCUACAAGUGUUAUACUGCUGGUAUAACUGGGCUGUCAUAUUGACUUGUGUCAAUGUGUUGAAAUAAAGAACAUAAAAAA